GGGGGCAGCCCAGGUGUGGCUGUAAGGAUGUGAAGGAGGAAGUGUAGGGUGGGAUGUUUCUGUUGCACCAGGAGUCCCGGCGUGUCACCACCCUAGAAAGAGGAUCGGUGCGGUGAGACGUGCCGGCAGGCUCAGGGUUUGAGGGAGAUGUGCUGACCUCGGGAAGGUCUCCUGAGGGCCUGCAGGAGUAGGUUUGGAGGAGGGAGGGAGGGAGGGAGGGAGAAUGAAGGAAAACUGCCGGAUUUGCGGCCGGGAGCUGUGCGGCAACCAGCGGCGAUGGAUCUUUCACACGGCGGCCAAGCUGAACCUCCAGGUGCUGCUCUCCCACGUCCUGGGCAGGGAGCUGUGCCGGGACGGCAGGUCCGAGUUCGCUUGCAGCAAGUGUGCCUUCAUGCUGGACCGCAUCUACAGGUUCGACACCGUCAUCGCCCGCAUCGAAGCCCUCUCCAUCGAGCGCUUGCAGAAGCUGCUGCUGGAGAAGGACCGGCUCAAGUUCUGCAUCGCAAGCAUGUACCGCAGGAACAACGACGACUCCAGCACGGAGGACAGGGCUGGGGAGGGGACUGUGGACCUUUCCAACCUGCCUGAUGCACGGUACGCUGCCCUCCUCCAGGAGGACUUCGCUUACUCUGGGUUUGAAUACUGGAUGGAUCAAGAAGAGCACGGCCUGGAGCCGCACAGCUGCCACGGCUCCGAGGGAACAGGGAGCCGCCCGCGGCGCUGCCGGGGCUGUGCUGCCCUGCGUGUGGCCGACGCCGACUAUGAGGCCAUCUGCAAAGUGCCCCGAAAGGUGGCCAGGAGCAUCUCCUGCGGGCUGUCCAGCCGCUGGUCGGCCAGCAUGGGCAACGAGGAGUCGUCGUCUGUGUGUGAUGUGGCCGAGUCCACCAGCUCCAGGGUGGCUGUGGAUGGGGACAGCAUGGAGGAAGGCACGCCUGCGUCCUCCGUCGAGUCUCUGGACACCACCGUGGAGGCCAGCCCUCCGCAGCAGAAGGAUGAAGAUGCAGAUAAGGGGGUGAAAGGCAAUGGGAAAUGCGACGAUUUCUCGGAUGAUCGCAUGACCCCGAGCUCUUCACUGAGCGGCAACAGGCUGGAGCUGGCCCUCAAUUUGAUCAAGACUUUGGACUACAAACCCCUUCAGAGCCCCCGAGGCAGUCGACUACCUAUUCCUGUGAAGUCCAGCGUGCCCCCUCCCAAGCUUAGCCGUGACUUGGCAGAUGGCAGUGCUUCUGCUGGCUUAGCGUGUGCUAGUUCUGCCUUCCUGAACACAGACAGAAAAUCCUUUUCCAGAGCUCCUUUGGGCGUUCCCCUGGAAAUUUCGGAGCUGCAGGAGCUGUGGGAUGACCUCUAUGAGGAUUAUAUGCCGCUGCGGGUACAGGAUUUGCAGGAUGAACGUCAGCAGCCAGCUCCAGGUAGCACUGCAGCAGGGGAGCACGUGUCUGAUGUGCGUGCAGCAGAGCUGCAGGGCAAACUCCAGCACUUUGAAGCUGCCAACAAGUUGUUACAGGAGAAGCUGAAUGAGUUGAAUUUCGAAUUAAAAUCUGUUCAAGAAACAUCACAAAGGCAAGAUCGUACAAUCCAGAGUCUGAACGAGGCCCUGAAGAGCAAAGACAGUAAGACAGAGGAGCUGUACCACAUCAUUGAAGGGCAGAAUGAGACCAUGGCCAAGCUGCGGGACAUGUUACACAGAAACCAGCUGGGACAGCUGCAGGUGUCAGAGAGCCCACUGUCACCCCAGGAGCAGCAGAUGUCACCACUCGAUCUCCAGAACACGCUUUUCUGCACCAAACUGGAGGUGCAGAGACUGAAGAGAGCUCAGCACCAGAAGGAGCAUCAGCUGGCUGAAGCCAAGAGAGCAGCCCAGCUCCUGGAGACCACGGUACAUGAGGAAGAGCAGCAGAAAGAGGCAACCUGGAAACACAAUCAGGAGCUGCGUGCUGUGGUACAACAGCUGCAGGCAGAGCUGCAGGACAAGGCUCAGCAGCUCCAGACUUUGGAGUGGGAGAAGAGCCGUGAGCUGCAGGCCCAGGAGCAGAGAGUUCAGCGUUUGACUCAGCAGCUGGCUCGCAAGGAGCAGCUUCUGCAGGAGUCCAGGGAGCUUCUGCAAUGCCAGCAAAGCUUGGAGAAGAGCCCUGCAGCCAUGAACGCCAUGUUGGAGAAACUGCAGCAGCGUGUCAGUGACAGGGAUGCUGCUCUCGAGCGAGCAGUAGAUGAGAAGUUCAGUGCCCUGGAGAAGAAGGAGCAGGAGCUGCAGCAGCUGCGUCUCUGCAUGCGGGAGCGCGGCAGUGACCUGGAGAGGCUGCGCAGUGUCCUGUCCAGCAACGAGGCCACCAUCCACAGCCUGGAGAGCCUCCUGAAAGCCAAAACCCUGGAACUGGAGCAGGUCUCAGCAACCUGCCAAAACCUCCGCUGGCUCAAAGAGGAGAUUGAGGCCAAAUCUGGCAGCAGGCAGAAGGAGCAGGAGGGCAUCAUCCAACAGCUGCAGACCUGCCUGCAUGACAGGAACAAGGAGGUGGAGGAGCUUACAGCAACUCUGCUGUGCAAGCUGGGCCCUGGGCAGAGCGAGGUAGCAGAGGAGCUGUGCCUGCGUCUCCAGCACAAGGAGAAGAUGCUGCAGGAGCUCCUCAGUGACCGCAACCGUCAGACCAUGGAGCACGAUGCUGAAAUUCGGGAGCUGCUGCAGGCUCUGAGCACCAAGGAGCAGCAGAGCAGAGUGGCUGCAGAGAAGAUGGCACAAGCUUUGGCUGAAAGGAGCUGUGAGCUACAACUGCUGCGCCAGCACGUGUUGGGGAAGGAGCCUGCUGGGACCCAGUCAGCUGGUGCCAGGCCAUUGAAGCAGGACAAACAACCCAUGCAGGAGAUACUGCAAAGAGCCUGUGGAGCUACAGUUAUUUCUGGAUCCUCACAGGAGGACAGCAGCUGCAGGACACAGGGAGGUGAGUCAGCAGAGCUGGAGAAGGAUCUUGUCAAUGCCAAAGAGGAGCUGGAGCUAAUGGCAAAGAAGGAAAGGGAAAGCAGGCGAGAGCUCACUGCUCUCCAGUCUGUGGUGGCCACACAGGAGGAGGAGCUGCAGGUGCAGGCCUCGGAUAUCGAGUCCUUGACCAGAACCAUCCAGAUGAAAGAAGACCUCAUCAAGGAUCUGCAGAUGCAGCUGGUGGAUCCUGAAGAAAUUCCAGCCAUGGAAAGGCUGACACAAGAAGUGCUGGUGCUUCGGGAGAAAGUGGCCAUAGCAGAGUCCCAAGGACAGGAGGCUACUGGAAACAGGAGGCAGCAGUUGUUACUGAUGCUGGAAGGGCUGGUGGCUGAGAGGAAUCGGUUAAAUGAGGCUCUCCAGGCAGAGAGGCAGCUCUAUGGCAGCCUGGUGAAAUUCCACACACACCCAGACAGCGCUGCGAGAGACCACGCCCUGCAGGUGGAACUGGAAGGGGUCCACGAGCUGCGGGGACAGCUGGAAGAAGCUCUCGGCAGAAGCUUGGAGUGUUUGAGCAGGCUGGAGACGCAGGGCGCCAUAGGAGGUCAGGCCGCAGGCACACACACCGAUGCCAGCACCAACUUCACCGACAGCAUGAAGGAGGAGGCAGCCCGAGGCUUGGCAGCCCAGCAGAGCAACCCCCGGGCCCACAAGGAAAAUGGGGGCACUGAAAGGAGCACAGCGCCCGAACGGGAGCUGCGUGCCGAGCAGGAGCUGCGGGAGCUGAAGGCGCAGCUGGAGGAAGCCGGCUUCUCCUCUGUCUCCCACAUCAGGCAAGAGCUCUGCGGUUCUGGAGCCAGGGGUGGACGGGGACCCGGCGUCUGCAUUCUCUGCCUGUCCUUCACUGUGCCUUGUGCCCCCAGGAAGGCGAUGCUGAGCCUGUGCCUGGAAAACGCGGAGCUGAAAGAGCGGAUGGGUGAAGCCACGUCGCUGCUGGAGAGCGGGGAGCAGGAGGAGCCUGGGCUGGCUCCUGAGCACCGCAGGCUGCAGCGGAAGAGCCGCGGCUCCCUUGGGGAUGGCCAGGGGCUCCCGGCAGAGAGGGGAACUGUGCCCACCAAACGCCCAGCGCUGGAGGCUCGAUCCCAGCAUGACAUGCCCAAGAGACCCUGCCCUGGCAGCCCGGCUGGAGGGGACGGGAGCCAUGUGGAGGGCUCGGUUCCCGGCGGGGGCUGGCCAGGGCUGGGCGCAGAGUUGCGCUCCCAGGUGGCACAGGGCCAAAGGCAGUGCCAGGAGCUGCAGGACAAGCUCGCUGCCUCGGAGGCCACGGUGCGGGCACAAGCUGAGCAGCUGGAGAAAUACCACGUCCUGCUCCGUGAACCUCAGACACAGCAGCUCAGCAAGCAAGUGCAGGUGGACUUCCAGGACCUGGGCUAUGAGACCUGUGGGCGAAGUGAGACCGAGGCUGACCGUGAGGAGACCACCAGCCCUGAGUGCGAGGAGCCAGAUGUGUUCAGUGAGACCAGCUUGGGUGAGGAGCUGGGGUCCCCAUGCCAGCCAGGGAUGUCCAGAGGGGGCAAAACUGCCCAGAAAACCAUGGCCCUGGAGGAUGUGGAGGCCCUACACCAGCACAUCCAGGACCUCAAGGCCCAGCUGCUCAAUGCCAACAAGGUGAUCCAGAGCCUGCAGCGCCGUGCCCGCUCCAUCUCUGUCACCAGUGGCUACACCUCGAGUGCUGAGCGGCCCCUGCCAGCUCCCAAGGCCUUGGCAUCCCCAGCCCACAGCCUGACGGACGAGGACGAGGGCUGGCAGUCGGAUGGGCACGGCACUCUGUGUCCCCCUGCCCUGCGGGCACACCGUGACCUGCAGAGCCUGGUGCACCGCGUGGCCCUGCUCGAGGCACAGCUGCCCACAGCCAAGCAUGGAGCCACCUUGCCCAAGGAGCUGCACUCUGCCACUUGGCCAGGGAAAUACAACUCUCUGAUCCAGGCCCAGGCUCGGGAGCUGUCCCACCUACGGCAGCUGCUGCGGGAGGGCCGUGGGGUGAGCCGCAGCCUGGCCCAGCACCUGCAGGACGCCCUGCGGUCCUUCGAGGACCUCCUCCGUGGCACUGACAUCGACUACUACCUGGGCCAGGGCUUCCGGGAGCAGCUGGCCCAGGGCAGGCAGCUGGCUGAGAGGCUCAGCGACAAGCUGGGCAUCAGAGAUCGACAAGACGGGGAGGAUAAAACCAGUCAUGAACUCUUGGCACAGAGGCUCAGCCGGGAGCUCCGGGAGAAGGAGAAGGUGAUUGAGAGCCUGGAGGUGAAGCUGCAGGAGCGCUCUGAGUCCCCAGGUAGCAGCUGCCCACCCUCGGAGUCAUCCCACUCUGCCAGCAGCUCGUCCUUCACCUCUGAGGGGCUGGAGCCCUGCUCUGAUGGGGAUGCAGCCAGCGAGUACAGCCAGUGCCACGAGGAGCCUGCCCAACACACAGGCCUUCACUUUGACUCUUUGUCCAAACCUGUCAGUGCCCCCCUGCCUGCUCUGGCCCCUGGGCUGUCCCCCUUCCUCCCUUCUGGGCCCUCUCUUCCUGUGGCCCCACCACUCCUGGGCUGCUGUGGGAAUUCUGUCUGCUCCCUGGCUGAGGCACAGCAGGAGCUGCAGGUGCUCCGGAGGCAACUGGGAGAAAGUGUGACACUGCCCCUGGCACCAGCAAAGGCCACGGUCCCACUGGGCCCCUUUGGAGAAGGCAGCAAAGCCCCAGCAUCGUUCUGCCCACACGGAGCACUGCAGGGCCUGGCUGAGCUCCCCGGGGCCGCUCACAGCCGUGCCCUCUGGGACGUGCCCCCGCCCGGCCAGCUGCUCUGCGGGGCCCUGCCCCUGGGGUACCCCUCGGGCCAGAAGCUGACAGGGGCAGAUCUGCUGGAGGAACACCUGGUGGAGAUCCGCAACCUGCGCCAGCGCCUGGAGGAGUCCAUCUGCACCAACGACCGGCUCCGGGAGCAGCUGGAGCGCCGCCUGGCCUCCACCGGCAAGGCCAGCGGACUGCCCAGCGAUGUCUAUGCCCAGACACCGGAGCUGGGGCUGCAGCUGAGCAGGGAGAACCAGGCUCUGCAUGAGGAAAACCGGACCCUGCGGCUCCAGCGUGACCACCUCUCCCAAGAGCUGGCACGGGUGCAGGAGGCACUGCUGGCUGCCUGCUCCCGGGCACGGGAGGCUGAGGCAGAGCUGGGCCAGAGGCGUGGCAAGCAGCGGAGGCUGGCGGAGGAGCUCUCCGAGUGCCAAGAGAGCAUCCGGCAGCUCCGAGACGAGCGGCGCUCUCUGCAGGAGGACAACAACAGGCUGCAGCACUCAGUGACGCUCCUGCAGCAGCAGAGUGAGGAGCAGCGCCUGCUCCUGCAGACCCUGCGUGCGGAGCUGCACGUCUACGAGAGCUUCCCUGGCCCCUCUGCUGAGACACGAGCAGGCUGCUUCCCAUCUCCUCCAGUGCGUGAUGUUGGCACUAACUCAUCAGCUGCCCUGCUCUCCCCAUGGUCCUCACCUCACCCAGCUCGCUCUACAGAGCCACGUGGGGCAGACGUGCUGGCGAGGAAGAGCGAGGCAGUGACGGGGGCUCACGUCGUCGGGCGCCUGGACACAUACCGAGCCCUGGAGCAGCACGUCCUGCAGGGAAAGGCCCUGGCCCGGGAGCUGAUGUGUCUCACACGCCCAGCACUCGGGCUGCCCAACUGCGCGCUCCCGGGAAAGGAGGCCCUGGGAUGGACAGGCACGGGGCAGGGGCAUCUGUGGGGCAGCGCCAGCACUCUGCACGGCAUCCUGGAGGAGUGUGUGUGUCUCCUCACCGCCUUCUGGAGCACUGUGCUGCCCGUGAGCCCUGCCCAGCACCAGGGCAAGGAGCAGCUGCUCCAGGGCGAGAUCGCGGCGCUGCGGGCCCAGCUCUCCGAGAGGGAGGAUGCUCUGCAGAACACGGCCAGGAGGCUGCACAGCACAGCCCAGCUCAAGGACAGCAUGGAGCAGUUCAUUGUCAGUCAGUUGACCAGGACCCACAGCGUGCUGCGUAAGGCCAGGACGAACCUGGAGGUGAAGGCCCAGCAGGCCCUGCCUGUUGCAUGAGCCCUAUGGAGGGCCAGGAGCAAUGGCCACAUGGAAGAGCCCACUGGCUGCUGAGCCAUGCCAGAGGACUGGAGCGGACCUUGCCCCUGCUGCUCUUAUGGCUGGGGUGGAAAGGGGUCUGGGGUGUCCCGUGCUACACAGUCAGUGCGUUUGGGCUGCUGUGGUGGUUGCAUGCCCUCCACCAGCCUUUGCUUGGCAUGGCAGCAGCAGCUGCUGGCUUGGGCUUUAUCUGGCCCAUGAUUCAGCACUUGCUCCCUUCCACCCUCAGUGCUCAGAGUGGGGUGAUACAGCCCCCCGCACUGAGCACCCCUUGCCCUGGGACCUGGUCCCCUCUGUAACCCUGCUGAGUCCCUGUCCCUGCUUGUGGAUGUAUGUAUAUGUAUAUAGACAGAGGUAUUGGAAAUGCGUUCUGGGCACUCCGGACACGUCGGGGCCCCAGCGCAGGAGGAAGAUGUAAGAAAUGCCAUAUUCUGUUCAGUGGCUAAAGGGUCCCCAAUAAAGGUUUCCUUUGGGUUGUGGUGUUUCUGGCA